UGCACCUGUGCGGAGGAGUCGCUUUGGGGUCCCCCUUUUUUUUUUAUUUAUUUUUCUAUCGCUUUCCCGCCCCCCUCCCUCCCUUCCUUCAUCUGAAACCGCAGUUCGACGUCUGAAAGGAUUUGUUGCCGAUUGGUUACACGACCGGACUGCGGUUCAGCUGAACAUUUAACAAGGUAAAGAUGGAAGUGUAUGAUAUAAAGUCUUCCGCUUCGCUGAUGUAUGAUGGCUUCAUCCAGAAUGCCGACUCUCGCACGGAGAAGUGGCUGUUGAUGUCCUCUCCGGUCCUGCAAAGCGUCAUCAUCAUGGCGUACAUCUUCUUCGUCAUGUCGCUGGGCCCUCGCAUCAUGGAGAAGCGCAAAGCCUUCGACCUCAAAGGGGUCCUGGUGGUCUACAACUUCAGCGUGGUGGCGCUGUCGCUCUACAUGUGCUACGAGUUUGUCAUGUCUGGAUGGGGAACGGGAUACUCCUUUCAUUGUGACAUCGUUGAUUACUCGGAGUCGCCACAAGCUAUGCGGAUGGCAGCAACUUGCUGGCUUUACUACUUCUCAAAGUUCAUUGAAAUGUUCGACACAGUUUUCUUUGUACUGAGGAAGAAAAACAACCAGGUGACAUUUCUUCACGUCUACCAUCACUCCAUCAUGCCGUUCACCUGGUGGUUUGGCGUGCGCUUUGCUCCAGGUGGUAUGGGAACUUUCCACGCCAUGCUCAACUGCGUCGUUCACGUCGUGAUGUACUCUUACUACGGCCUGACCGCCCUGGGCCCCAAAUACCAAAAGUACCUCUGGUGGAAGAAAUACCUGACCACCAUUCAGCUGAUUCAGUUUGUGAUGGUGACUACGCACAUCUCGCAGUACUUCUUCAUGCGGGACUGCCCUUACCAGUUCCCCAUCUUCAUCUACAUCAUCGGCCUGUACGGCCUCAUCUUCCUCUUCCUUUUCCUCAACUUCUGGUACCACGCCUACACCAAAGGCAAGCGGCUGCCCAAGGUGCUGCAGGCCCAGACGUGGGCCCACCACACCAACGGCGUCAUGAACGGCAACGCCAACCACGACAAAGAUGACUGAUUUGGCGACGGACUACGGUUCGCUCUGAUUUAGUUUUUCUACUUGCAGCAAAAAAAAAAAAAAAAGGACAAUCUUUAAAUUAUGACCAAAGUUAUAUUUAACCCUCCACAAAGGGAUAUUCUCGUAUUUUAAUGUUAAUUCUGCCACGGGGAAAAACUGUCACUAACCCCAUGUAUGAGUUCACCUACGGCAUGACUGAGACUCCAUGACCCUGAUCUGUGCGGUGCGCCCCCCCCCCCUUCCCCAUACUUGGGAUAUUUUGUGUGUGUGCUUCACAAAAGUCAGGGUUAAUUUCACAACGCCUUAAUAUCGGAUGCUUAUAGUCCAUUUUUUAACGUUUUGCAUCCUGUCUUAGGGCGUUUAACUGUCACACGCAUGCAGAACAGGGUGUUUUUAUUUUAACGUGAAAUGUCAUUUCACACCGCUAUGGCUGGAGUCUAAAGAUCCUGAUGGUGCCGGGUUCAGAGAAAUGUUAUCAUGAAGCGUGACGUUUAGAAAUGUAUUUAAAAAAAAAAAAAAAAAAAAGUUUUAGGAUAGUGCAAAGCUGGAGCGUCCGUGUAUUAUGAUGUUAUGGCCCAAAUUGAAUGCCGCAGCGCUCCUGUGAUGAGAUGAUACAACUGCCAGCUCGCUGGUGGUGUGGAUGAGAGAAGAAGUUUACAGAUCAAAUGAUGCAGUUCCUGUUAAUGUCCGACGUCAUCUUCUCAGUCUAAUUUUGUUAACUGUUUGAAAAUUGAUAGUUUAUAUUUUAUGUAUUUAUAUAUAUAAUAAAUGUUGACUUGGUUA